GAGAGCUGUUAGCUGGUCAGCUGACUGGCUACAGCUCACUCAUAUCAGUUUUACAGCUUGUCCUAAAAUCAGAGAUCCUCAGUCACAGCUCUGAGGUAGUGGUGAAUACUGAGCGAGGAUCUGCGAAUGAGGUGAUGGCUUCCAAGGCUAGAAAGGUUCACUAGAAGAGAGCCAGCAUGCAGGAGGGUUUGGAUUAGAAAGAAAGAGAGAGUCAAUCAGGAAAGUGGGACAAAUUAGAAGCCAGCCAGGGAAGAGCUACUGGAAACAUAUUAGAAAAGGUGCUGCAGAGAGAGAGAAAAAACCGGAGCGGAGCAGAAUUGACUGACCAGGAACUGAAAAGCAACAGUGAUUAAAGAAAAAUACCGAAGUAUUUAUAACAAUGAUUUAAAGUGAUACCAACGGAUAUAUAAAAUGCCGGUGACCUUCGAGGAAGUGGCUGUGUAUUUCACCCAUGGGGAAUGGGCCUUGCUGGACCCAGGUCAGAGAGCCCUGUACAGGGAUGUCAUGCAGGAGAAUUACAGGAAUGUGACCUCGCUGGGUUUUCCAAUUCCCAAGCCCAGCGUGAUCUCCCAGUUGGACAGAGGGGAAGAGCCAUGGGUCUCUGAUCUCCAGGGGUCCCAGGCUAGAGAGAUCCAGAGAAACAUCCCCAGAGCAGGUGAUGAAACAGUGAGUGAGAGCAAUGAAGAGAAUUCUUGUCCCGCAGGUCCUGAGCGAAUGGAACCAAAGGGGAUGUUGCUGGGAAGGUGUGAAGGGGAUGAUUCACAGAGUCCUGGGCAGGCCAGAGAAACUCAGAGCAGGCCAGAGAAGCAGCAGGGAAACCCCCCAGGGAAGACACUGGGUGAAUCCACUCACCGAGAGGGAUGUCUGGAAGAUCCCAAUGUGGCCACGAUCCAGGCGAGAAUCUGCACUAAGGAGAAGCGGUUCGAAUGUGCCGAGUGCAGGAAACGCUUCAGUUCUGGAUCACACCUUGUUAGACAUCAGAGAUCACACACGGGAGAGACCCCCUAUCGCUGCCCUGAGUGUGGGAAACAAUUCAAUGACCAAUCAAACCUUAUUAGACAUCAGCGAACCCACACAGGAGAGAGACCCCAUAAGUGCCCUGACUGCGGGAAAUGCUUCAGUCAGAGGUCAGGCCUUAUUGUACAUCAGAGAAUCCACACGGGAGAAAAAUGCCAUAAAUGCCCUGACUGUGGACAAACCUUCACUCAGAGUGCACAUGUAACUAGACAUCGGAGGAUUCACACGGGUGAGAGACCCUAUGGAUGCCCAGAGUGUGGAGAAAGCUUUGCUUGUACCUCAGACCUUAUUAUACACCUGAGAGUCCACACGGGGGAGAAACCCUAUAGCUGCCCCAACUGUGGACAGAGCUUCACUCAGAGUCAUCACCUUACUGACCAUCAGAGAAUUCACACAGGUGAGAGACCCUAUGCCUGCCCCGACUGUGGGAAGAGCUUCAGACAAAAAUCUGGUUUCAAUGUCCAUCGGAGAAGGCACACAGGAGAGUGCCCCUAUCAAUGUUCCAUCUGUGAGGAAAGGUACAAGACCAAGACUUCCUUAAUAUUCCACAUGAAACUCCACAUCGACUAGUGCCAGCCACUUCCCCUCCUUUUCUCUCUGCGUCUGUAGAGAUGGGGGGAAUCAUGAGGAUAAUAAAGAGUUGGCCAACGCCCUAGGGAGCCAAGUGGCUCCACUGUUGACGUGUGUGCUGUGUGUCUCAGGAGGAUGGAGGCACCGGGAGCGUGACAUUAUUAUUACUGUAUUGCAUUGUUCUCUGACCCUCUCCCGUCCCUUCCCGGCGCUCUCUGUCAGGGGCAGGCCGAAGGGUUCAGCUGGGUUUCCUGGUCCCUGUUUUCAGCUAGAGGCUCAGUUCACAUUGUUGCACACUGGGAUUAUUCCGGAAAUUGCCACCCCGGGAGGCAUUUUACCCCUGUUUCGGUGUGAGGCAGUGGGGAGAGGAGGGGUCUGAAAUUUCUGGGAAGUCGGGUGUCUGUGGAGUCUUUAUUGCUCAUUGAAUGAUUUUGUCAGUGUUGUUCAGUUAUUUGUUCCCUCCCCCCAAAUAAGAUGCAAAUAAAACUUCUGGCAAAUCCCA